AUGUUUUUCAUCUUAGUGUUUCUUUCUUUGUCUUUAAAUGAUGUAGAUGAUUUAAAGAAAUUAGAUGGAAGAAAGGAUGAAAAACAUGAUAUUGCUGGUAAGGAUCCAUUAAUUGCAGAUAAUCAUAAAAUCGAAAAUUUAAACAAGCCAAAAGAUCAACAAAAUCCAGAAAAUCCAAAUGCAAGAGAUGGAAUACAUGAUAAAAUAUCAGACGUUCCAAAUAAAGUGAAUGAAAAUGGUCAGAUAAAGCAAGAAGGAAUAAUUAAUGAAAAUGAUAAACCAGGUAUGCAAAAAUCAAUUACAGAUAAAAGCAAAUCUGAUGUAUUACGUGGAAGUGUUGAUGGUACUGACAAAAACAUUAAAAAUGAAAAUGAAAUCAUCAAAAGCGGGGAAAUUCCAGGCGAAAAUCAAAAAGCAAACAGAUUAAGAGGAACUACAGCCUAUGAAAAUGAUGAUUUAUCAGUUACUGGUCAAAAUAGAGAAAAUAAUAUUCCGAAAAAUAAUAUGAACCCACAUCCAGUUACAGAAAGCGACGAAGAUGUAACUAGUGGCCGUAGAAAUAGACGCCCUGGCAGAGAUUUUCCUAAUGGCGGCAUCGAUCCAAGAUUUCCUGAUGCAAUUCAUGCAGGAACACGGCAUGGCGAAACAGAUGAGCAUGGAAAUGUUUAUUGUGAUGAUGACGAUUUUUACUACGAGAUGCAUCCUGAAUUUCAUCAUCAUCCACAUCCUCAUGGUCCAGAAUUCCAAGACGAUCCAGAAUUUUACCACAGAAGACGUGAAAACUGCAUUCCUAGACCAACCAGAACUCCUACGCCAUCUCCUUUGCCCACAGCAACUCCUCAUCCGACACCAACCCCUCAUCCAACAGCAACUCCGCAUCCAACACCCACUCCAUUGCCAUUAGAAGAUAGAUGUUGGGAUAAAUGCAGUGUUAAUGGCUCCUGUACCGAUUACGAGUGCAUAUGCAACCGAAAUUUCUGGGGAAACGGCGAAAUUUGUCUCCAAAUUGUUCCUGACAUUAUGUACAUCGAUCCACCACAAGCACGCGAAGGAACAACUCUGCAUAUCACUCUAAAUAUUCCAAUUUGGUUCCAACCAGAAAAAACUUUCAUAAUGUUCGGAAAUUUGAUUGUUAAAUCUAAAGGAGCUGUUGAUUCUUUAGUUUCUGUUAGAGUUCCGAAGCUGAAUCAGACAAGCAUGCCUCUAUAUUUCUCAUUUGACAGCAUGAAUUGGUCAAAUCCUUCUUUCAAUUUCACAUAUUUAGGAAAAGAAAGAACACAUCAUUUCUUACUUUAUUUGUUUAUUUUGUUUUGUUUUGUUGCAGCUGUUUCAGCAGGAUUUGCUGCAUCUCAGUAUAAUCCUCCUGUUGUGAAGCAGAAACCUGUUGUUGAAGAUGAAUUCUCUGAUUUCAAUCAGGAUAUAGAUACUUAUCAUUAUUUCGAUAUUGAAGGUGCACAACCUUUCACUAAAUAUCGAUUCCAUAUUGAAUAG